AUGGUCCGACUUUCCGUCCUCGCUGUUAUUUUUACUGCCAUUAGCAGCGCUGCUGCCAUCAACCUGACAAAGGUUUGCCAGUGCCUCUAUGCGGAUGGCUCCCACUGUUGUGUUCUUCUCCCUCAGGGCUCCUGCCAAGAUGAAUGCCGUUACGCUGGUAAGGGCGACAACAAGUGUAACGCUGAUGGAAAGUACUCUAAUGUGAGCUGGUUUACUGGUGUUGGUCGUCGCAAGUGCGGUCCUGAAUAA